AUGACCUACAUCCACCCGUGUUCCUGGUCAUUACUUGACAAUGACACCUUCAACGUCCUCUAUCUCUCGCGUACCCUUCCAGACGACAUUCGCUCGACCGUCAUGGGCCGAUCGCUGUUCAAUUUUAUGCAUCCCGAUGAAGUGGAUCUCGCACAAAUGGACCUGAAACGCUUCGUAACCGCCAGGACACUCAGCGGAUCUGUGACUAGAUGUCGUCUGCGGAACUUGGUAGGAUACGCCCCAUCUUCCGACGCGUCCGCUGCUGCUGGUGCUGGUGCUGCUAUGUCGGAUGCUGACUGGCUCGUUGUCGACGUGAUCCUCUACGCUGCUACAGAUCAACUGCUCCUUGCAUUCUUUCAUGUGGAUCCAGAUGUUCAAUUUGGUGCUUCCUCGUGCUUCAGCUGCUCGCGUCACUCGUCCCGCGACGUUUCACCAUACGGCACGCUAGCAGUCGCGGACCAUAUCAUCAUUCCGUACGGUUGUAUCACCUUUGCCAUGACGCGCCGAAGCUCAGUGCCCGCAGCACAAGCCAUUCCAGCUCAUAUUGCCGUACAACAAGGACAGCAACAGCGCCUGGUCCCUGUUCCACACAGUGUUGAUGACAACGCCGGUAGCAACAUUAAAGAAAUUAGCAAUAAUAGGUUACCCAGUCUACAUGACUUGCCACACUUGGCAGAAGAAUCCUUUUUUGGUCCUCAUCAGACACAACAAGUCCAUAUUGGUCCAAACACCGCUAGGCCAGAGACUUCUUCUUUGCCCGAGGCAUCAUCAUCACCAUCGACCUCGUCAGUAUUUACCGGCAAGAGACUUCGCCACGACGACUCUUUCAGUUCGCUCGGAUUGCCUCCGAUCGUGGAUGUUGCCACCAAGCCAUUUAUACCUUAUGCCCGUCGCAACGUCUCCGCCUCUUCCGCUACUGCUUUGUCCACUCGUGUGGUAGCUCAGCAACAACAACAACAACAACAACAAAAACAACAUGUUCCCCACACUACUGUUCAGUCCCAACAACACUAUCCCCAAGCGCCAUCAUCCGCUACGAUGCAGCUGCCGCCGACAACAAGCAGCCUUACAACUUCCCAUGCGCACGUUCGCAACAAACGGCGCCAUUCGUCCUCCGCCAAAGCCCAUCAAGCCUCGACGACGAAUAAAUUCCACCCUAGUAAUGCUUCUGCUUCGUCUUCUCCCAUCGCACACAGCAACCGUUGCGAAAGCUGUGGUACAGACUCCAGUCCAGAAUGGCGCAAAGGGCCCUCGGGCCACAAAACCCUUUGUAACGCAUGCGGUCUUCGGUAUUCGCGUUCUGUCGCACCCUCUUCUUCUACUACUUCGUAUAUCAAACCAUUCAACGAUAUCCCACCUCAAUAUCAACAUCAACAGCACCAUCACCAUCACCAUAACCGUUAUGAUCCCAUUCUCCGUUGUUCUCAGUAA